CUCCAGUCCUCCACCGUUCGUCCCCUCCCCCCCCAAACCGCGGCAACUGCCACCGGACCGCCAGCGCCGCCGCCCCCGCACCUACGCCCCGCCGCCGGUGCUCUCCUCGCGACCCGCCGGCGCCGGUCCGGGAGAAACGCCGCCGCCGCGGUCAUGACCUCCGCUCACUCCAAGCUCUACUCCAAUGACGUCAGCCUCGUGGUGGUGGUCGUCGACACGAACCCCUUCUUCUGGGCCGCCGCUGCGCUCCCAUUCGCCGACUUCUUCGCGAAUCUGGUCCACUUCGUGAACUCGCUCCUACUGCUGAACCACCUCAACCGUGUGGUCGUCAUCGCUGCGGGAGUCAGCUCCUGUGCCUACAUCUUUGAUUCCAGCGAUGCCAGCCCCGCUGGUGGUGUAGGUGUCACGGCCACCUUUGACAAGGCAAGCCGCAAGGUGGAGGAGUUCAUUGCACAAGAUGCCCGUGCCACUGCAGGCAACGGUUCCGUUGCCUCUGCCAAUGCCGCGUCGCUGCUGUCUGGGGCGCUGUCCCUUGCUUUGUGCUAUAUACAGAGGAUUUUCAGGUCCGGGACUCGACAUCCGCAACCUCGGAUUUUGUGUCUGCAGGGUUCUCCAGAUGGUCCUGAACAAUAUGUGGCAGUGAUGAAUUCAAUAUUUUCUGCUCAACGUUCCAUGGUUCCAAUUGAUUCAUGUAUUGUGGGAACCCAGGAUUCUGCUUUCUUGCAACAGGCUUCAUACAUAACGGGAGGAGUUUAUUUGAAGCCCCAAGAGCUAAAUGGGCUGUUUCAGUAUCUUGCUGCUGUAUUUGCAACUGAUUUACACUCAAGAACGUUUUUGCGCCUUCCUAAGACCCUUGGAGUGGACUUUCGUGCUUCAUGUUUCUGCCAUAAGAAGACUAUUGACAUGGGAUAUGUUUGUUCAGUUUGUUUGUCAAUAUUCUGCAAGAAUCAGAAGAAGUGUUCAACCUGUGGGUCAGAAUUCAGUCGUGUCAUGCCUGAUUUGAAUUCCAUGCCAGAUCAAAGCAAGUAGUAGUCUGUAAACAGUUAGCCAUCAACCAACGUGCUUUGCUCAAAUGUCUCCACAGGUUUGUUUCGAAAAUAUCCUCUUGGAUGGGCAUCUUGACAAGUUCUGCAUUAUCCAACAAUUCGAUGAACAGAUACAUCCAACUCGCACAUACAGAAUGCUUUGAUCAAUAUGUAAAGGAUUCCUGUGCCUGAUAUCAGACUACCCUUUUUUGUGAUUUGCCUAGAAUGGAUCAUGCUCCUGGUUUUCCCAUGUAGAUGGCGAGUUGGUGAAAUGUGGUAAAUGAUGCUGCUUGCACUAAUGGAUGUGGCAAUUUUGUGGUCGAGAUGGUUUUUGGUGCACGCUCUGUGAUUUUGGACCUAGAGUUCUCAGGGAGCAGAACAUGUCUGUGCGACGAAUUGUUGUCAAAGAACGAAAAGAAAUACAAAUGAAAAUGGCAUGA